AUGAUGAUGUUAACUUACCCAAUGGUAAUAUUGAUACUCACAACACUCUUGGUGGAAGUGCAAUCUUGCCCAGGAGAUACUCAACUUGUCUGUUUUAAGCCCAUUGACUAUAAUAACCAAGACCCAAAAGUAAAAAAUGUUGCAGUCCAGUUACCAACUUUGUCGGGAAGCUGUAUAAACAAGCCACAAACCAGAGAUAAGACAGAAAAUGACAAUUCUCCUUGGCGUUCUCGAUGCUGUGGAAAUACCGAGGUGCAAAAACUAGUUCAGCCUCCAUAUGACCCUGAUAAGAAGUUCACUAUGCCCAAGAAAAUCCUGGUCAAUGGAAGACCACUUGACAGCACAGACACAACCAAGAAUGCAAUUUGUUCCUGA